AUGUCAUGUUGGAACACAAAAAAAUCACGAUAUCUCAAUCGAUCAGAUAUUAUCGAAAACCACCCGUACGCAGUUCACUUCGACGUUUAUUGUCAACCAAAGAAUGAAUCAGUGCCUGAAGAAUUAGGCUCAUGGCAUUACCCAGUCUAUUUUGAUUUUCUUCCUGUACAUCGGUUAGCACCUGUACUGAAGUUUCCUGCUUGGUUCAAUGAUACUACGAAUUCUCCAUGCCAAAACAAUACUUGUCCACUGAAUACUUAUUGUAAACCGUUCUUCACGAUUAAUACCAAUGCCAUGAAGUACUAUUGUUCUUGUAAAAGUGGAUUUUAUGGCAAGAAAUGUCAACAAUAUCAAUCCAAAUGUGAAACAUAUUGUGCAAACGAUUCCAUUUGCAAAUACACGCAUCGUGGAAUUUUGUCCAACACACAAAAUCCGUUUUGUAUUUGUCCAUUGAAUCGUUUUGGAGCGCGAUGUCAUUUACGUCAUGAGGAAUGUGACGAAAAUGUAUGCCUGAAUAAUGGAACGUGUCAUGUGACUCGUGAUCCAAGCGGAGAACGAUCAUUUGUUUGUAUUUGUUCGUCCUUCUUUUUCGGAUAUCGAUGUCAAGAAGAAAGAGCGUCUGUUCGAGUUAAAAUUGUUGAUUUAACAUUCACUCAACCAGUCGCAGUGCUUGCACAAUUCUUUGAUGUCCAUAAUCGUUCUUUCGAACUACAGUUUCGUCAUCAAAUAGUUUAUACACAUGUACCGACAACUAUUCUUUACAAUCAUGACCAAACAUUUGUUCCAACCAUAGGCGUUCUUCAAAUCUAUGAGCACUCUUCAGAAACACCUUUAUACUAUAUCAUGUAUAUUCAAUAUUCGAUUCCUCAAAUCAAUGUUACAUCAUCACCUGCUCAUUGUCCAAAUGUAUCCAGUAUCGUGAAAUUACCAUUCAGCGUUUACAAAUAUCAUCAUAUCUGUCGGAAUAAUUCGAAUUUAUUCUGUUUCUACGAUUUGUAUUAUCUUUGUAUUUGUCAGCAAGAUCACUACCGUGUGAAUUGA